AUGCAGGUGGAAUUGAUGGCCCAAUUCGGUGCGCCAGCCUUUCAGAACCAGCUCCAUGCACUUGCCCGCACACAUGAGCCCGGCAGCAGCAAGUUUCGGUCGGGCCUGUGCAAGAUGGUGCGCUGUGUCCAGCUCGACGUCAUCCCGAGGUACGGCUUCAGCGCAUCUGAUGAAGGAGUCGAGAGCAUGCUUGUCCUCUUCCGAUCGCUGGCGAAGGAUCCCAACAUUGAGGUCAAUGCUGUGGUCAUCAAUGACAUGCUGCAGAUGAAAGUUGCGCCCAUGGAGACGAACCACAACAACAGGCUCGUCGGGAAACCUUUGACCAAGCAUCGUCUCCUAGACAUGCUGCGUUGCCAACUCCACGAGUUCAGCCAGGCCAAGUUCCAGAAGGACUUGGAGAAGCUGAAGACGCGUGCCGACUACAACUCCGGCCGCGUCUUCGACAAAGCCAAGCCACUGGAGCGAGCCUUUGAAGACCCGGAGGGUUAUUUCCAUCUCGAAGGCCGAGCAGACCUGGCUCUCGAGGUUCACAAACUCCUGCUGCCCAAGUAUGGCUUCGAGCCCUCCAAGGAAGGCGUGCAGGACAUGAUCCGCCAUUGUGCGCCUUUCGUGCAGGAUCCUGACGUGGCGGAUCUCCUGGACCGCGUGAACGAGAAGCUGGGUAUGUCGGCAGCCGCCUGCCAACGUUUCAGGAAACUCAUCGCGCAACUGACAUGA